GUUUGAGACAGUCGGGUCAGCUGGCCACAUAAGUGAACGUGAAGUAAAGUGUUGUCUGGGAAGUCUUCUGCUCAAAUAACAAUAUCUUACCUUCCGAGAUCAAGUUUAAUUAUUCACACCUUUACAACAAGCCAGUCGCUCCUAAGAUAAAGAGCAGGAACAUCUAAGAAGGAAAAUCAAAAUGUCAACCCGAGCUAUGAGGAAAUUACAAGGGGGACGGGGAGACUUGGAUUUACCCAACAGUUGUCCAGAAGAGGAAGAUGGGGAGGAAGAGCAAGAGAUAGAAGAAACUCAAAUAGUACCUCCUAAAGGGCAGAAUAGAUUUGAUUUGUUGAUUCAGGGAUCACCAUCAGAGUCUGAAGUGAAGGAAGAUGAUGAUUUAACUGAGACUGGAGAAGGGAAGGAUGAUGCUCACCGGGAUGGCACCUCUCCCCAACCUCCCCUCGGGUCUGGGGCCAAACGAAAACGUAAAAAGAAGAAAAAGAGAGGGAGACCCAGAGUUCCUGCCAGCAGUGAGGAUCCAACAGAUAAUGAUAAAGAUGAAAUUGAUAAUAUUAUUCAAGAAGUAAAUGCUAUCUCUGGCGAGACUCACGUACAAGUCAGCGUCGAGAAAAGCACAAAUGAUAAAGUAACAAGAAACUUACUGACAGUGGAACAUAAGCACCUUAACCCACAAAAUGAAAUGAAGCGGAUAUUUGGCUCCAGAGUUGUUCAAGCUAAUGAGAACAAUAGACGCCGAGGCAGAACUGGCAGAUUAAUUAAGUCAACGUGGAUUGUUCAGGGCCACCCAAGCUGGUCUCAUCACCCUCGGCCGGGUAUAUCCAUGGUGGUGGCUGAAACUACUCCGGCAUAUCCUGUGUUCAAGUAUGUUCACAGUCAAAGUUAUCAGCAGUUGCAGUUCAAAUUCCUCGAGGCCGUUGAAUCCCUAAACCCUGAAAAUAUUAUGAUGCUGCUCAACCCUGAACCUUUCCACGUGGAUACUCUUCUUCAAGUCUCUGAGAUAUUUCGGCUUGGGGAUGACUCUGCCAUGGCUGCUCAGCUUAUUGAAAGAGCACUGUAUGUGUUGGAGUCUGCCGGUCACCCAUUGUUUAAUAUUGCUACUGGUACCUGUAGGUUACAGUAUCGUCAGCAGGAAAACAGGAGUUUGUUUAUCGCUCUCUUCCGUCACAUCCUCAACGUGGGAAAGAAAGGAUGUUAUCGCACGGCCCUGGAAUUGUGUAAGCUCCUGCUCAACCUUUCCCCUGAUGAUGACCCUCUGGCUGUGUCCCUCAUGAUUGAUUUUUAUGCUCUGCGAGCCCAGGAAUAUGAGUGGCUUGUGGCCCUCUAUGAUAUGUACGAGCCAUCUAAAAAUCUGUCGAUGCUUCCAAGUUUUGCUUACUCCGUUCCCCUGGCCCUUUUCCAUCUAAGUGUUGGUGUGGAUCAAUCUACACAGCGGGAUAGAAGAGAAUCUAUCAAGGCAGCAGCACUGAUGGAGGAACUAGGCAGCCCAGAGGAGAUGCGGAAGCGAGCAGACACAAUGAUACAACGUGCCCUUAUAAUGUUUCCUGGUGUAUUAAUGCCUCUGCUUGAUAAGUGCAAUGUUCAGCCGGAUCCUGUUGUUGCUAGUCAUCCAUUCUUUGGUCCAACAGCACAAUUAAAUCAAAGUAAAGGUUUGAGCCAGAUUGUCAACCUAUAUGUGGGUCGCUGUUUUCAUGCCUGGAAGGAGGCUGGUGUUGUCUCCUGGCUUGAAGACAACGUCCAGAUUGUCUUGGCUCGUGUAGACAGUGGUGACCCGUUGGUGAAAGAGGGAGAAGAGAUACGCAAGGUGCGAUACCAGGGCACACCGAUGGCAAUCUAUCGUCAUAUUCUCAUGGCAGAGAUUAAGGAUGCCACUGCAGCUCUUCCUCCGGCCCUUGCCAACACUGCAGUAAUGAGCUAUGAUCCUUUGCCACCUCCUGACUCCAUCUGUGGUUACACCAGACCUCCUUCAUCCAGCCAGCAGCCAAUUAACUCAUCGAGUAUUUUGGCAUCAUUCUUCCGUUCACUACUUCCUACCUAUGAUCCAAAUGCUCCAGAUCCUGAAGGGGAUGAAGAAGGAGCAGCAGCAGCAGCAGUAGGAGAGGAAGGAGGAGCAGAAGGUGAAGCAGGGGGUGUUGGAGAUCUUAGAGCAUCUGUUAAUACACUCUUGGAUGCCAUGCGUGACUUACUAUCAAAUAUUCACCUCCCUGAACCACCAGGGAAUGAGGCGGACAUGUCAGAGGAGGAAAAUAAUGAAUGGGACUGAGUUAUGAAAUUUUACAAAAAUGGAAAUUGGGGUUUAUUCAGCAGAUGAAAUGAAAUCUCUAGACAGCAGAUUUUAAUAUAAUUGCUCCAGUAUCAUGCCAUCAACAUGAGAAAAUGAAAUCACAAUGUACUGUACUUUUAGGACAUUAUUUGUACAUUUUUGAGAACCAUUGUCAUAACUGAGUAAAUAUGAAGUGAUGCCCAUGUUUAUAUGUACUUAGGUCUUCAGCUUUUGUUUUCUAUACAUUUUAUAUCUAAUCUUUUGUGCCGUUUUAAUAAUGCAGUAGAAAGUAAACAUUUUAUUGGUAUAAUUAUCAACUCCACAUUUAACUAGAUAUGAUUUUCCCAGGAUGAAUUUUUAUUGCUAUAUGGUAUAUCUUUGCAGCAUAGAAAUUUAAUGCUUUGACAGUCACUGUUCACAUUUAUUCUAAUUACAGAAAAUCUUUAUUGAUAAGGUUUUUAUAAACCCAGAAUGUAUUAAACUUGAUUGAGGGUUGGAGUGAUUUUAAUUAACAGUUAGUGGGUAGUUGAAGUAGUGGUUGUUUUGUGAAAUUGAUUCAUUAUCCUUAUCAAGGUGGGAAAUGUAUUCACCAUAGUACAGUAGUAGAAUCAUUACAAAAUUGUUUUGAAUCAAGCUUAUACAGCAAUCAUCUGAAAAUAAAAAAAAACUGCCAAAGAUUGAAGAGGAGUUUCAGAGUGACUAGGCUUAUACUGUAUUGGUAAAUAGCACAGCUUUAACAAAUUGUGUAUUGAGUUUCAUACAUUUACUGAAUAUCGUUUAUUACAAUAAAAUGUGUUAUACUGAAA